AUGGAGAAUAACCCAGGCUUGUCUGUUCUCUGUACCGAUGUCAAAAAUGCCUUCAAUUCAGUAUCGAGAGACAGUAUUCUAAGUCAGGUCAUGAAAGUGUUUCCUGAAAUAUACCAUCACGUAAGGCAAAUGUAUGACAGUCCGAGUACCUUGAUUUAUGUCAAGGGGAAAGAUAUAGUGAAACUACAAUCAGAGGAAGGAGUUCACCAGGGUGACCCUCUUGGUCCAGUCCUGUUCUCAAUUGCUUUACAACCAAUCAUUGCCUCAGUUCAAGACCGUCAUCAAGAUACAACUAUGCUGGCGUAUUUGGAUGACGUAUAUGUUGUUGGUUUGCCUGAAUCUUCCAUCUCAGUCUUUGAUGAUGUAAAAGGCUCCCUCAAAGAUGUUGGCCUGACUAUACGAGACGAGAAAUGCAAGCUGUAUUACCCAGAUGCGCCAGAGCACUUCGCUACAACAGUUCCUAUUACAAGAGUAGGAGUCCAUGUGUUGGGGACGCCUAUAGGCGCACCUAGUUACAUCCAAUCAAGUUGUACAAGGGUAGCACAGGAUGGCAGUUCACUUUGCUCUAAGCUAAAAGAUCUUGAUGAUCCUCAGUGCAGUCUUCUGUUACUCAGACAUUGCCACGUCCCAAAAAUGAAUCAUCUUGCCAGGACUAUAUCUCCCAGGGAUGUAUCAGAAGCUGCGGGUAUCCAUGACCUCCUUACCAGAAAGACUUUCACUGACAUCAUAGGAUUGGAUCGGUUGGACGACACCAAGUGGAAACAAGCAUCCCUGAAAAUUAAAUUCGGUGGAUUCGGGCUCACGUCAAUUCGAGGUACAGCUCCUGCUGCAUUUUUGGCAGCAUGGGCACACUCACUUAAAGAACUCCCCAACAGAUUUCCAUCAAUGUGUCGAGACUUAGAAAAUCUCUAUCAAAGCAGCCCUAAGAAUGAUUCCUCUACCAUAAGGUCAACCUUGUAUCAAGCAGUGUCUAAUCUUCCUCCCAAGUCAAACUUGGACGAUGAAGAAGAAGUUAUAUAUCACACUCUAGAGGAGAUGAUCAAGAACCCCAGGAAACUACAGCAUCGUUUAUCAACGGACAUUUCCUGCAUGGAAGCAGCAACAUUUACCAAUAGAAUAGUUGAGGAAAAGGACGCGGGAAGAAUGAGAUCCUUGCAAGGACGAGGGGCGGGAGGAUGGCUUGAAACAGUCCCCACUUCAGACAAGCACGCACUAAAGCAGAAUGAAUUUCGUCUAGCGUCUUGUCUGAGGUUGGGUGUCUGUCUGCCAUUCAGUCAGCUCCUUGUAAAAUGUGAGUGUGGAGCAGAGCUGGACAGAGAAGGAUAUCACUUGAUUACAUGUAAGUAUGGGGGAGGUCCUGUCUGGACGCACAACACCCUAGUUUCUGGAUGGAGCGAGUGUCUCAGCGAUUUGCUCAUAUGCCACCAGAUUGAGCCAAGACACAGAUACAUCCACACUGAAGAUAGACCAGACAUCACAUUUUACGACGUAGACUCAGGAACAACAAAAGAGAUAGAUGUUGCUAUGGCUCAUCCCUGGAGCAAAGAUACCAUCAAGGGAGCGUCCACGACAUGUGGAUAUGCAGCAACAAAACGAGAGGCAAGGAAGGAAGUAAAGUAUCGCAAAGAAUCAUUACCAGAUGGUUCUAAGCCUUUUGUUACUCCUCUGGUGUUCGAACACUUUGGUCGUUGGGGACCCAAAGCAGAGGAAUUUUUAAAUGAGCUUGCAAAGAAGUCCAAAGACAUGCUGGGAAGGAAAAAUGAAGCAGCGUUUAGAAGCUAUUGGAGAAGAAGAUUUUCUGUGAUUAUUCAGAAAUGUAACAGUAGAGUUGUUUUAAGAAAGCUAUCUAGGCUUUCAUUGAAUUGUUUGGAUGGACAAGACAAGCUAGAGAUGGACAAAGCCAUUCAUAGUUCUAUUCAUUAAUUAAAACGAAGAACAGUAGGAGAGUAGAACUUUUAGUACUGCAGCAAGUGAUGUAAGUAGUGACGUUUGAUGACAAUAAAACAAAUCUGUCUGUCUGUCUGUC